AUGGCUUUGGAAUUCAUGGCAAUAGUAGCUCUGUUCGGUCUGGCCAUGCUGGCUCCAACACCCCAGAGCCAUGAAAGCGACAACUUCAACGCAAAUGGCGACUGCCCUGGCAAACAGGAGUAUACCGGACAGAUCACGGACGUGCAUCAACCGCAGAUGGCUGGAACGCCGAGCGGCUCAUGUCUGCAUGAUUCUGAUUACAGACGUAACAAACCGCCCUUCAAAGGUAAAGUUGAGAUGAGAAAGGAGGAAGCCGCCUUGAAUGAGAUUACGACAAUACAGUCGCUGGAGGGAGAUCGCUUCCACGAGGACAACGUCUGCAAUCAAUGCGGUCACUUUGGCCACUGGCUAGGCGAUUGCCUCUUCCCGGACGACAACGGCUACAUCAAGGGCUGUCCCAUUCACAACGCGAAGGGUCACAACUGGGAUGACUGCCCCGAUGCGCGAAAUAUGAGCCUAGAGCGCAAGAUUCUGUACCUCAUCCUACGACGAAGGAACAAGCCAGCGAUACAGUCAACACAGCCAUGGAUCGCACUUGUCAAGGUAGCGCUGCAACAGGGCUCAGAAGCAUACUGCUGGGGACCAUCGGUAUGGACCCGGGAAUUCGUCCUGAAGAUGACUCGGGGACCAAAGGCUGACCACCCGUGGCUCGACUUCAAUUACGGCCGACAACUCAUCUCUACUUUGCCCAAAGAUCCGGAGACUAUGGAUGACCCCGGAGUUCUGGUCGAGAGACGCUUACUCUGGAACCAGGUUCACAGGCCCUUCCCCAAAGAGACGUGA